AUUUUUGUAUUCUCUUGUAUUCUUUUAUAUUCUUUUUAUAAACAUUUUAUCUUAAAAUUAUUACAAUUAGUUGAACACACUUUAAAGUAUAACAACACAAACCUCCGCGAUGACAAUGGAAUACGAAAAACAACUUGAAAAUCUUGCUAUAAACUUGUUCGAAAUCGACGCUGUGAAAUUUGGAGAAUUUACUACUAAAACUGGUUUAAAAACACCCAUUUACUUUGAUUUAAGGGUUAUUGUUAGCUAUCCUAUAAUAAUGGACUCGAUAUCUAAGUUACUGUAUGAAUUUGCAGUAAAGGAUAACAACUGCGAUCAUUUAUGUGGAGUUCCAUACACAGCCCUGCCAGUUGCUACAUUACUGAGCAUUAAAGCGAAAAUGCCAAUGCUUAUGCGACGAAAAGAAUCUAAAUCCUAUGGAACUAAGAAAAUGAUUGAAGGUCAUUAUAAACAGGGUGACACGUGCCUAAUUAUAGAAGAUGUCGUAACAUCAGGCUCUAGCGUAUUGGAAACUAUAAAUGACCUCAGAAAAGAAGGGCUUAGAGCAGAGGAAGCUAUUGUGAUAUUAGACAGGGAACAGACUGGAAGAAAAAAUUUAGAAGACAAUAAUGUGAAGCUGAAAUCACUAUUCACAAUGACACAGCUUCUGAAAAUAUUAGUUGCAAACAAAAAAAUAACUGAAGAAAUGAGUGCCAAUGUUAAAUCUUACUUGCAGAAUGUUCAAGCCCCUGUUAUUGCUACCAGUCUCCAGAGGACGCUAAUACCAUAUGAGAAGCGAGCAGAACAAGCUACAAAUGUUAUAGCAAAGAAGCUUUUUGACAUUAUGGCAGUCAAAAAAACAAACCUUUGCCUGUCUGUGGAUCUUACUACGUGCACCCAAAUACUGAAUCUUGUGGAAGAAGUAGGGGACCAUAUUUGUUUAUUAAAAACCCAUGUCGAUAUAAUUGAAGAUUUCCACUUGGAUUUUACAAAGAAAAUUAAAGAGAUGGCACAAAGACACAAUUUUUUGAUUUUAGAAGACAGAAAAUAUGCUGACAUUGGCAACACUGUGUCUUUACAACAUACAAAGGGCUUGUACAAAAUAAAUGAGUGGGCCGAUUGUGUCACUGCCCAUUCUUUGCCUGGGGAAGGAAUAUUGAAGGCUCUAAAUGACCAAGAUAAUGAAAGAGGGGUCUUCUUGUUAGCUGAAAUGAGUUCUGAGGGUAAUCUUAUUACACCAGACUAUACAGAAGCUACAGCAAAAAUGGCUGCCAAAUACCCUCACUUGAUAACUGGAUUUGUUUGCCAAAAGAGGGAUACCUUUGUGGACCCUGGCCUUAUCCAGUUGACACCGGGAGUUCAACUAGAAAGCUCUAAGGACGACCUAGGACAAGUAUACAAUACACCAGAAAAAGUGGUUCUAGAAAAUGGUGCAGAUGUGAUUGUUGUUGGUAGGGGUAUUGUUAAAGCUAAAAAUCCCAAAACCCAAGCUCUUGUCUAUAAAAAUAGGCUGUGGGAAUGUUAUGAAAAGAGAAUCUCCACCUCAAAGUAAUUUUUUUUUUACUAUUGUAACAAUCUUAUAUUUAACGCAUCAAGUAUCAACUCCCAAGCGGCACCCCCGGGCAUAACAAUUUAAAAUCUAUUUGUGUCUGCAAUUCCCACCAUCGAGGUGUUACCAUAGUAUGUAAGGAUAUAAAACUUGAAAGCUCUGGGAGUCAGUUGUUUUUAUAAGACAUUUUUGGUGGCAAAUAUUUUACAUUCCAUUUAUGGGACCAACAUUUUACAUGUGUUUUGAAUUUUACAAAGAAAUGUAUGUAUUAAUCUAUUACAUUGUUAACAUACCUAUGAUGUUUUUGUUAAUUUUCAAGUAUUUUAACUUUAGAAGUGAA